UGACCUUCCAGCAGGACAGGUUCCAAGAAGGAUUCCUGGCAGGGGCAGCCUUCCACUACAGAGAGCCCAGCUGUCAGCUGCCUCUCGGAAGAUGCUGUGUCUCGGAGCCAGCGUGGGUGUGGGUGUGCGUGUGCGAUCGGCCGCGGCCCUGGCAGUGCUGUGGUUCUGCAUCACAGGCGCGCUGGAGGUCCAAGUCCCCAAAGACCCCGUGGUGGCCCUGGUGGGCACCGACGCCACCCUGCACUGCUCCUUCUCACCCGAGCCCAGCUUCAGCCUGGCCCAGCUCAACCUCAUCUGGCAGCUGACUGACACCAAACAGCUGGUGCAUAGCUUCGCCGAGGGUCGGGACCAGGGCAGCGCCUAUGCCAACCGCACCGCCCUCUUCCCCGACCUGCUGGCGCAGGGCAACGCAUCCCUGAGGCUGCAGCGAGUGCGCGUAGCAGAUGAGGGCAGCUUCACCUGCUUUGUGAGCAUCCGGGACUUCGGCAGCGCUGCAGUCAGCCUGCAGGUGGCGGCUCCCUACUCGAAGCCCAGCAUGACCCUGGAGCCCAACAAGGACCUGCGGCCUGGAGACAUGGUGACCAUCACGUGCUCCAGCUACCGGGGCUACCCGGAGGCCGAGGUGUUGUGGCAGGACGGGCAGGGUGCGCCCCUGACCGGCAACGUGACCACGUCGCAGAUGGCCAACGAGCAGGGCUUGUUCGACGUGCGCAGCGUCCUGAGGGUGGUGCUGGGCGCCAAUGGCACCUACAGCUGCCUGGUGCGCAACCCUGUGCUACAGCAGGACGCUCGUGGCUCCGUCACCAUCAUGCCCCAUAGAAGCCCCACAGGCGCUGUGGAGGUCCAGGUCCCUGAAGACCCGGUGGUGGCCCUGGUGGGCACCGACGCCACCCUGCACUGCUCCUUCUCACCCGAGCCCGGCUUCAGCCUGGCCCAGCUCAACCUCAUCUGGCAGCUGACUGACACCAAACAGCUGGUGCACAGCUUCGCUGAGGGUCGGGACCAGGGCAGCGCCUAUGCCAACCGCACCGCCCUCUUCCCCGACCUGCUGGCGCAGGGCAACGCAUCCCUGAGGCUGCAGCGAGUGCGCGUAGCAGAUGAGGGCAGCUUCACCUGCUUUGUGAGCAUCCGGGACUUCGGCAGCGCUGCAGUCAGCCUGCAGGUGGCGGCUCCCUACUCGAAGCCCAGCAUGACCCUGGAGCCCAACAAGGACCUGCGGCCUGGGGACAUGGUGACCAUCACGUGCUCCAGCUACCGGGGCUACCCGGAGGCCGAGGUGUUGUGGCAGGACGGGCAGGGUGCGCCCCUGACCGGCAACGUGACCACGUCGCAGAUGGCCAACGAGCAGGGCUUGUUCGACGUGCGCAGCGUCCUGAGGGUGGUGCUGGGCGCCAAUGGCACCUACAGCUGCCUGGUGCGCAACCCUGUGCUGCAGCAGGACGCUCAUGGCUCUGUCACCAUUACAGGGCAGCCCAUGACAUUCCCUCCCGAGGCCCUGUGGGUGACCGUGGGGCUCUCUGUCUGCCUUGUCGCCCUGCUGGUGGCCCUGGCCUUCGUGUGCUGGAAAAAGAUCAAACAGAGCUGUGAGGAGGAGAACACAGGUGGUGAGGACCAGGAUGGGGAUGGAGAAGGAUCCAAAACAGCCCUGCGGCCUCUGAAACACACUGAAAGCAAAGAAGAUGAUGGACAAGAAAUAGCCUGACUGAGCGUACCAGGGAGCUGCCGCCCCCAGCUGGGGGCUCCCACCUCUGGCCGAACUGGGGCCUCCAUUUGAGCCCAGCCUCCGACAGGUGCCUCCAACUCUGGUGGGUCCUGCCCAUUCUCCAGGAUAAAGGGACCACCUGCUGCCUUGUUUCUCCGAUGGACGUGACCCCCAAGUCAUCCUGCUGCCUUGUUUCUCCCGUGACAUGACACGUAAAUCAUUCUACUGUCUUAUUUCUCACGGACACAAAACAGAGACCACCCCACCACCUUAUUUCUCCAACGGAUAUGCUGCAUGGACCAUCUGGCUGCCUUUAUGUCCCCAAAGGACUCAAUAUUCAGACUUGUCCUCUGCCUUAUUUCUCCAAAGACAGGAUACACAGUCACCCCUGGCCUUGUUUCUCCAGUGGCCCUGAUAUAUUAGUUAUCAUUUCUCAGCCUUUUCUCCCACCCACCUGUAAGCCCGUCUGCUCAGGCAGGGGCACUGUGCCCUCAGCAUCUUCUCAGGUCCAGAGGCGUCUCCCCUCCUGCCUGCUCCUCCUCUGGCCCCAGCAUUGGCCUUUUCCCUCCCUCUUGGAGUGAAGACAGGGCCCUUCCCCCAGGCCUGUGGAGGCACACAGGUUCAUGUGCUGGGUCAUGUGCUGGGACACGUGUGAACCUCCCUUAGCCCAGUCUUUUCCGUGGUGCCCUGGGCUGUGCCCCGUGAGCCCCUUCCCCUUGGGAAGCAUGUGCUGGUCACACUGGGUCUCCGGGGGUCUGCAUGGGCCCCCUGGGGGUCAGCUUAUGUCCCUCUGCUUUCCCCUCCUUUCCUUUUGUUCACCCAUUCUAGUCGUGGUCCUUGAGCAUCCGUGGGGUGUCAGCACUGUGUUAGGUCCCUGGGACCCGGCAUGAGAGGACAGGCCCCUCCUCUGAGGAGCUCGCCCUUCGGCUGGGGAACUGUCAGGAAACCUGCAAUGGCCUGCGGCUCGUGAGGGGGGCUCCUGCCUUGCUCUCUACUGUACCCCUUUUCUGUGCCCACAGCUCCCUGGAUACCUCACUCCCACCCCCUCCCUAAUCCUUACCCAGAGCAGGGAUUGCGGGCAGAAACCUGGAGAGAGGGGCAGAGCCUCUUGCUACAACCAGAGAAUCUGAUGCUUUCCAAAGUCGUUCCAGGUGUGGGCAGGUGGGCCGGUGGCCUUGGCACUCUGGGCCCCGGAGAGCAGAAGCAUAAGUGAAGCCUGGGGACGGGGCAGGGGGGCUACAGGGACACAGCCCCUCACCCCCCACCCCCACCCCACCACGGUGCUAUUCUGGGGCUGGGAAGACAUCUCCUGGCUUGUCUUUUGCUGGCCUCCAGCCUCCGGAAAACUUCUGAUGUCCUCCCGCUGACAUUUCUUCCUUCCCCAGGAAUGGAAGAGGUGGCAUGUCUAAUUUAAAUGUGGGACUCUGAGGAAUUUUGUUAACUGGGGAUGUAUUUUGGGAAAAAUAAAUGGCUUUGUAGAAAGCUU